AUGGCGCAGGAAUACAAGCUCAAGGGCGUCAGCUCGCUCGCGCUGCAACCGGGUGAGAAGCAGGAGGUCGAGGUUGAGGACCUUGGCGCAAAGGUCCUUCUGCUCAACGCAGGCGGAACGGUUCAGGCGGUUGGUCCUCGGUGCACGCACUAUGGAGCGCCUCUGGUCAAGGCUUGCUUCAAUGCCAAGACCGGCGACGUCGAAGACGCCCCUGCCCUGAACGCCCUUCCCGUCUUCAAAGCGACCGAACGCGACGGCGCCGUUUACAUCACUGGCGACGCCGAGACCAUCAAGCGGGGUCACCGCGCACCAUUGUUCAAGUGUUCUGCUGUCACUGGGGACAAGGUCCUGGUCGUCGGGGGCGGAUCCGGCGCGCUGGGGGUUAUCGAGGGACUGCGUGGAGGCGGGUACCAAGGCGCCAUUACGGUCAUCUCCAACGAGGGUUACCUGCCCAUUGACCGGCCAAAGCUCAGCAAGGCGUUGAUGACCGACCUGGCAAAGCUGCAAUGGCGGGACGAGGGCUGGUACAAGGACGCCAGCGUGGACAUUGUACAGGACGAGGUGACUGGCGUCGACUUCGCCACCAAGACCGUCACCACCAAGUCGGGCGGCAAGUUCGCCUACACAAAGCUCGUCCUAUCGACGGGUGGAACACCCAGGGCGCUGCCAGUUCCGGGGUUCAAGGUGCUGGCCAACAUCUUCACCCUCCGCAACGUCCAUGAUGCCAAGCGCAUUGUUGACGCCAUCGGCGACAAGGGCAAGAAAAUCGUCAUCAUCGGCUCGUCCUUCAUCGGCAUGGAGAUUGCGGUUGCCACGUCGAACGGGAACGACGUGACCGUCGUCGGGAUGGAGAAGGCACCGUUGGAGCGUGUCCUCGGAGAGAAGGUCGGCAACAUCAUCAAGAAGGGCGUCGAGGCAAAGGGCGUCAAGUUCUACCUGUCUGCGGGCGUUGAGAAGGCUGAGCCAUCCCCCUCCAACCCGUCCAAUGUCGGCUUUGUCCACCUGAAGGACGGUACCACGCUCGAGGCCGACCUUGUCAUUCUGGGCGUCGGCGUUGCUCCUGCGACGGAGUAUCUCAAGGACAACAGCGUUGUCCGGUUGGAGCCAGACGGUAGCUUAAAGGUGGACGAGACUUACUCGGUCGUCGGCCUCAAGGACGUGUAUGCUCUGGGGGAUAUUGCCACACACCCUUACCGGGGCCCUGGUGGAGAGGGCAAGUAUGUGCGCAUUGAGCAUUGGAAUGUUGCGCAGAAUGCUGGGCGGACAGCUGCCAGCCACAUCCUCAACCCCAACCGCAUACCGGAGUUCUACACGCCCGUGUUCUGGAGCGCUCUCGGGUCCCAGCUGCGCUACUGUGGCAACACCAUGGCCGGCGGGUGGGAUGACCUAGUGCUGCAAGGCGACCCGGAGCAGGGCAAGUGGGUGGCCUACUACGCGAAGGGAGAGACCAUCGUCGCCAUGGCGAGCAUGGGCAUGGACCCGGCCAUGGCGCAGUGCGCCCAGCUCAUGUCGCUCAACCGCAUGCCCAGCAAGACCCAGCUGCAGGGAGGUCUGGAUAUCCUGAGAAGGGUGGAUGAACUCUUUUCCGCGCUGUUCUUGCUCAUUGUUUCGCCCGUGUUUACUAUCGCCAUCUACCGCAUUCUAUUCCAUCCUCUCGCACGGGUCCCCGGGCCACGAGUCGCUGCACUCUCCAACAUCUGGCAAGGGCUCUAUGUGCGGAAAGGCCGCAUCCAUGAACUGGCCAAGACGCUUCACAAGCAGUAUGGGCCUGUUGUACGGGUGGGACCCAACGAAGUGUGGUUCAACUCGCGGGAGGCAUUCAGGCAAAUUUACCGACACAGGUAUGAGAAAUCAAACUUCUACUUGGCUACCGCUCUGAACCGGCCUGUCGUGGAUCGGAGGCUGAAUACGCGCUUCCCCGACACACUCGACUUCCUCUCUGAAUUUGAUGUCACUCGGUAUAGGCUGCAGAGGCGGCUAAUCGGACCCAUAUACUCGACCUCUCAUCUCAGAAAGUUCGAACCUGCCGUGGACGGCGUCGUCAAGGCUGUCAUUUCUGCGUUGCGAGACUUGGAUGGCGCCGAAGUGGACUUGAAGGAAUGGAUGCACAUCAUUGCCGUCGAGUGCCUUGGGGCUGUGGUUCUUUCCUGGUCCCCCGGAUAUAUUAGGAACCGCUCAGAUGGCGGAACCAGUGCACAGAGUUACCUCGGCUGGAAACGAAAAAGCAUCUUCGGCCUGUUUCCGACCAUCACCAAACUGUCAUUUUGUUCCAAGACGUUGAGCCGGGUCUUUUCCAACAUCUGGGGCGUGACCUUCACGACGCCCAAAAACUUCAAGCCCUUCUUCACACCAGUCUAUCAGAAAACGUCAAAACGGAUCGCUGGUGCCCUUCGGGGGCCGGUGCAACCCAAGGCCAAAAAGGACGACCGCAAGGACCUGCUCGCCGAUCUAAUACAGCUCCACAAGGACCGGCCCGAGUUCACUGAGACCUACCUGCGCCGCCUCGCCGUCACGAACUUCGGGGCCGGUCAUGAAACGAUGUGCUCGGCUCUCACUGCCAUCAUAGCCAUGAUCGGAUCCCACCGGGAAGUCCAUCGCAAAGUCACCGAGGAGGUCCGCCAAACCCCAAAAGUCUUCACCUACGACGACGCUAUCCGUUUGCGAUACACGCAGGCAAGCAUGCGCGAAGCUCAGCGACUUUACCCCGUCAUCGCCAUGGCACUGCCGCGCAGCGUUCCCCACGGCGGAACGCAUCUGCACGGCCAUUUCUUCCCUGCCGGCACGACGGUGGGCUGCAAUCCUCUAGCACUGCACCGGAAUCCAGACAUCUUUGGCGCGGAUGCGGACAGGUGCAACCCUCUUCGUUGGCUUGCUGAGCAUGACGAUGCCAGGGUUCGGAUGAUGGAGAGUACUAACCUGACGUGGGGAGGCGGGGCGCGGACUUGUCCGGGGAGGCAUCUUGCCGAGCUGGUCUUGUCUAAAGCGGUCCCGAUGUUGUUGAAGGAGUUUGACGUGGAGAUUACGGCCAUGCCGGCAGAGAAGGACAUGCCCUGUUACUUCUUGGCGAUGAUGACGGGGGUCAAAGCGAGAUUUCGCCCCGUUGCUACGAAGCGCUCAGACUCAGAGUUAGACGGGGUUUCCGUGUUCUAA